UUAAUAAGAACAAAGACUGUGCAGCCAUACUACAGAAAAUCCGUCGGAAAGGAAGGGAUGGUGUAUAUACCAUUUAUCCAGAUGGAAUACGAGGGAAGAGAGUGUAUUGUGACAUGACAACAGAGGGAGGGGGUUGGACGGUUUUACAAAGAAGACAGGACGGUUCUACAGAUUUUUACCGGACUUGGCGAGAAUAUAAACAAGGAUUUGGGGAUCCCUCUAAAAACUACUGGAUUGGAAAUAACGCAAUCUAUCAGCUGACAAAGAAGAAGGACCAGGUAUUACGAGUUUGGCUUCAAAAAUUUAAUGGCGACGAAGGAUACGCUCAGUACACCACUUUUUAUGUCGGGAACGAAGGCAGUAAAUACAAACUCACUGUGUCGGGAUAUUCAGGAACCGCAGGCAGGUAUUUUUAAACACAUCUUUUUAUUAUUAUCCAGCACUGUAAUAUGAUGAUAAGAUGAUUGCAAAUGUCUAGUAAAAUUAACAUAAUUCUAAUUCUAAUUAUUUUUAUUAUUAUACUCGGUAAUUACAAACCUAAACAAUAUUGACAAAACCUGCAAUUUCUCGAUAUCUCACUAAUUCAGAACAUUUAAAGCUUAGUGAUAUAAAUCUAGGUUACGUAGUAAGAUUAAAGUAUUUAAUGUUAACACGUAUCUUUAUCUAUACCAAUACUUUGUACAUACAAGUACACACAAGUACUCUGUAGUUGACAUUAAAAAUAUGCUAAGGUUUCUGACUGACAAUAUCUAUGUGGUUUUGGGGGACCAGGUCUUCAAACAAUCUGUUGGAAUUCUUAUGGGUACCAAUUGUGCCCCUUUAUUAGCAGACCUCUUUUUGUAUUCAAAUGAAGCAGAAUUUGUCCAAAAUCUUAUGCGUGAAAAGAAGAAAAUACUUUCUGUGGUUUUCAACUCGAAACUUAGAUAUAUAGACGACGUAUUGUCAAUAAACAAUGGUUACUUCCAUUUUUAUGUGGAUACGAUAUACCGGUAUUCUGGUGAGCCUGA